AUGUCUCUCACAAACGCCUCCCCCGAGGCUGCAGCCAGCGCCGCAAAGACAGCAUCUUUCACUCUCGCAACCCUCCCUGCCAGCGAGCGCAACAAUGCCCUUGAAGCCAUCCACGCUGCCUUGACGGCCUCAAAAGACGAGAUCCUCGCAGCCAACGCCAAGGAUCUUGAUCUGGCAAAGAAGGCUGCCGAUGAGGGCGGUCUUAGCCAGGCUCUUGUAUCGCGAUUGGAUCUCGGAAAGAAGGGAAAGUGGGAGGAUAUGCUAAAGGGAAUCUUGGAUGUGAGGGAUCUGAACGACCCAAUUGGCCAGAUUCAGAUGAGAACAAAACUCGACGAUGACCUCAUCAUGGAGCGCGUCUCAUGUCCCAUUGGUGUCCUCCUUAUCAUUUUCGAGGCCCGUCCCGAAGUCAUCGCCAACAUCGCUUCUCUUGCUAUCAAGUCUGGAAAUGCCGCCAUUCUCAAGGGCGGAAAAGAGUCUACAGAGUCCUUCGUGGCCAUCUCAAAGGUCAUCUCAUCAGCUCUUGAGACCACAAAGGUCCCCAACUCAGCCAUCCAGCUCGUCACAACCCGCGACGUCAUCUCCCAGCUCCUCUCCCAGGACCGCUAUAUUGACCUUGUCAUUCCUCGCGGAUCAAAUGAACUUGUUCGUUACAUCAAGGAGUCCACAAAGAUUCCCGUUCUUGGCCACGCUGAUGGUCUCUGCCACAUCUACUUGACAGCCUCUGCCAAUAAGGAAAAGGCCAUUACUGCUAUUGUGGACUCCAAGGCCAGCUAUCCUGCUGCCUGCAACGCUGUCGAGACCCUUCUCGUCCAGGAUUCAGCUCUGAAUACCAUCUUCCCUGCUGUUGCUUCCGCCCUUGCAGCCAAGGGAGUUUCCCUCCGAGUCGACGAGCCCAGCAAGGCUGCCAUUUCUUCUCUUUCACUAGAAGGUGUUCAAGAUGCCACCCCUCAAGAUUAUGACACUGAGCAUCUAUCUCUCACCAUUAGCGUAAAGACUGUUUCCUCUAUUGACGAGGCCAUCAACCACAUCAACACCCACGGCUCUCACCACACCGACGCCAUCAUGAGCUCUGAUUCUGCCGAAGCCGAACGUUUCAUGAACGAGGUUGACUCAGCUGGCGUAUACUGGAAUGCCGCUACUCGUCUUGCCGACGGCAUGCGUUACGGUUUCGGUACCGAAGUUGGUAUCAGCACAAACAAGAUUCACUCUCGUGGUCCAGUCGGCCUUGACGGACUGACUAUUUACAAGUACAAGAUCAGAGGCGACUACCAGGCUACUGCUGACUAUGGAGACGGAGAAGGCAAGAAGCCCUGGAAGCACGAGAAGUUGUCGCUUUAG